GUAUGCAAUAUUAUAUAAAAAUCCGAAUUAACCAAUUUUUCCUUUCUCUCAAUAUUUUUUCUCAAAAUCCCUAAUCCUAACGUUCAUAUCCCCUUUUCUGUUUUAUCUCUGAUGACGACGGCGCGUGGGGAUAGUAACCCAUAUGACGGCGUAUUAGGAGCCGGGGGAAAAUUCAGAAAGCGACAGUUACGGACAACGAAAACUACGCCAUACGACAGGCCACCGACCUCAAUAAGGAACCCCAGCGGUACUGGCAAUAGAAAUGGUUGGUUAUCGAAAUUGGUGGAUCCGGCGCGGAGGCUUAUUACUUCCAGUGCUCACAGGCUCUUCGCCUCCGUCUUUAUGAAACGCCUUCCUCCGCAUCAGACACCACAAUUGCUGAACUCUGAGAACAACGAAGAACCAAGGGAGAAUCAACCAGAAGUGACUUCAGCAGUUCCUCCUGUUGUGCAAGGAGCCAUUGUAGGCUGUGGGAGUCCUAUUAAAAAUACUGAAGAAAGUGGAGUUGCUGAACUUGAGGAAAUUUUAAAGAAGAAGACAUUUACCAGGCAAGAUGAUCUGAAAUUGCAUCUUAUUGAUGCCAAAUUGAAAUGCAUGGUUACUUCUGCUACCUUCUUUAUCAAUGUGUACAUGAUUUUAUAUAAAAUGUUAUUGUUCUUCAGAUCUGACGUUAUCUCAAUGGUAUCACACGACAAGAAAGAAGAAUUUCCAAAGACCCCAUUUAGAGGAAAUGUGACUGAAAACCAUUUUGUCUCAACACCUGUUGUCAGAUCAACUGUUGUUGAUGAGGUUGUUUCUGCACCUGCUGAACUUGCAAAAGCUUACAUGGGCAGUAGGACAACAAAAACAUUUGUAUCAAGGCCUGGAUUACAAAAUCAAGUGUCUAGGGGAGAUCUAACUUUUCAGAGCAAUAAAAUUUUCCCUUCUACAUCUUCCACAAUGUCUCUCAUGCCAAGAUCUUCUGGUCACGUUGGGAGUCUUAGAAACAGUUUUGUGACCCCAAGAUCGAGAGGCAGGUCUGCAAUAUAUAGCAUGGCACGAACACCUUGUUCCAGGGUUAACUCAGCAAUUACCCUUAAGAGUUCUGGCACUGCAAGUGAUGUUUUUGGUGGACCAUCAUCUUCUCAGAGUGCAUGGGAGCAAAACAGAAUUUCCGGUUGCAGAAAUGGGGUUUUGAAGCGCAGGAAUUCGGUAUUAGAUAAUGAUAUAGGAUCAGUUGGCCCUAUUCGGCGGAUUCGUCAAAAGUCCAACUUUUCUUCAAUAACCUUUAGCGUACCUGCUUCAGCCGGUCCUUUAUCUGCUCACGUAGGUGUCAAUAGUUCAGCUGGUUUAGGUAGUCUAGCUGAGAACGGGGAUAACAUCACUGCUCGCUCAAGUUUUACCACUGUUCCAUCCAAUUCCAGUCAGGUGGCUUCAAAAAUUUUACAACUGGACAUGUCGGUUUCCCCAGGGGAAAAAGUACCCACUAAUUUGUUACCAUCUAUGCUACAUGGGCAGGCUCUUAAAAGCCUCGAGACUGUAGAUACUUCAAAAUUUCUGGAGAACAUGCAUGAUAACGAUGAAUUGAAUGGUUCUUGUACUGCUCUGACUGGUUUUCAAGACUCCAUCUCUCACAAACACGAUAUGGUUAAAGAAAAUGGCUCAACAUUGUUGGUUGGUCUCCCUGACAAGUCUGUUCCUGCUGUAACUGGUGCACGUACUAAUAGUUUAAUGAAGGACAAUAAUGUGCCUAGUGUUAGUGCUGCUGGUUCUAGUGUGAUCAAGUCUGUCCUACAACAACCUCAACUGAAGAGCCAGGCUUUUCAGAUGAGUGCACAUGAGGAUUAUCUGGAUGAUGAUGAUGACUAUCCUAAUGGAUCCACACAAGCUGAAGGGAGAGGGAGGUUGGAUAAAUGUGUCACGGGAACUAAGAGUGCAGCUUCUGAAGCUAUAGAGAAGCCUUCUAGACUUUCUGAAGUUGAACCCAUUUCAAGUGCUGCUUUCAGUCAAAAACCUGAUUUGAAAAGACCUGAUGAAUCCACAUCUACCGAAAAGAAUGCUGGUAUUACUUUUCCAGUUGUUAAGAUGGCCAUUUCAUCUGUGCAGUCAGCAUUUGUAGUAUCUCCGUCAACUCCAACAGCCAAUAAAGAGGCCAUCUCUUCGCACUCAAAUGCUCCUUAUAUGCAUAGAAUUGGGGAGGAAGUUUCGGCAGCAAAACAAUCAAAUGUUGCUGUUACUACAUAUGGCUUUGCCUCUACACAUGGUGGUGAUUUUUCCUUGGUUACUGGAUCUUCAGGUGUUAAGCUUGCCACAAUUUCAGACAAAAAAUUAGAGAACUCAAGCAGCUUUGCUACUACUGCUCAUGGUACAACCAAUCAUUUGUCAGAUAAAACUGAGAAGGAGAACAAUCUGAAUGAGAUCUUCUGUAGGAAACCUGAAGCUGCAAUCACCUCUUCUGUAUCUACUUCGACAUCAGCUGGAAGUAUCUUCGAGUUUGGUGCCUCGAAAGAUAGUUCUACCUUAAAUAAUGGGUCUCUUGCUUCAAGCCCUUUUUCAUUCGCUUCACCUGCGCCUUUAUGUGUUCCAAGUGUUGGUCAAAUUCCAUCCAGUGCAGCUGCCACAAAUAGUGAUGCUUCUGUUGCUGUUACCACCGCUGCAAGUUCAACUGCAAAUGCCACCAUCAGCUGUAUUGGCAACCCCUCUGCGGAGGCUUCAAUCCAUUCCUUUGCACCUGUUUUCAAGUUUUCAUCCUCUAGGGACCCAUCAACUUCAGUUUCAACAUUAUCAGCAACUUUAGGGGAAGUAACCAAAUCUAAGACCCAGGAUACAAGCCUUGGAAGUGUAGGGAUCUUCCCGUUUGGUGGGGCAUCUGCUUUUACUAGUUCUGGAAGUAGUAUUUUUGGUGGUACAUCUGAAGUUAAAAGUGCUGCAAGCAACACUACUGGUACAACAGCUGAAGUCGCAAGCACUGGAAAUAGCAGUUUCAGUGGUUUAUCUUCUGCCAUUACAAACUCUGCAAGUGGCUUUUUUAGCAACACAUUUUCCACAGUGACGAGCACAGGCAACGGUAUCCUUGGUGGUACAUCUGCAACUACCAGCAUAGGAAAUGGUAUCCUUGGUGGUACAUCAACUACCAGCACAGGCAAUGGUAUCUUUGGUGGUACACCUGCAACUACAGGCACAGGCUGUAGUACUUUUGGUGGUACAUCUUUAGCAAUAGAUGGUACGGGAAGUGGAAUCUUUUCCACUAAAUCUGCGGUCAUGAGCACUGGAAGCAGCAUCUUUGGAUUUAGUGCCCCAGCUGCAUCUACAUCUACUACACAGACCCAAGGUUUAAAUCCUUUCAAUGCUGUUAAUACCCAAGCAUCAUCUGUGGGAACUGGCAUUGGUAGCUCAACUCAAAGUAUGCCCAUUCAGUUCUCUUCAUCCGCAUCAUCUCCAUCCUUUGGAUUGGGUGGGAAUACAACCUUCUUUUCUGGCAGUUCAAUGUUUGGGUCAUCGGCAUCUAAUACUAAACCUUUUUGUUCUGGUGCCACCUUUGAAUCAAGUUCUUCCUCUUCAGAAACGAACACUCUGAGCUCUAGCAGUGGCAUUACAUCUGGUGCAUUUGGUUCGAAUUGGCAAGCCCCUAAGACACCCAUAUUUGGUUCUUCGUCAUCGGGAUUUUCCUUUGGAUCAUCACCUUCUGUUAGUGCUCCUAGCAGUGCACCUUCUGUCUUUGGGUCUUCCACUGGUGCCUCUUCAAGUUCCAUAUUUUCAUUCACUUCAGCUGUAGCAGCUACAACAUCACAGCAUGUCUUUGGUAAUACUAGUUCCAGGUUGGUGUUUGGGUCAACACCCUCUACUCAUAAUGAUCAAAUGGAAGAUAGUAUGGCAGAGGACACAGUUCAGGCUUCACCAACUGUUGCACCAUUUCAACAGGAAAUCUCACCCCCUGCUUCUGGGUUCAUUUUUGGUUCUUCAAAUCCAUCUGGACUAGGAGGAUCUUUUCAAUUUGGAAGCCAACCAAGCAUAGCUGCACCACAGAAUCCAUCUCCAUUUCUGGCUUCUGGUAGUCUGGAAUUAGGUGCUGAAGGGAGCUUCUCAUUAGGCACCAGUGGUGGUGACAAGUCUGGCAGAAAAUAUGUGAAAGCUCGCAGGCAACGGAAGAAGUAAUAAGAUUAAUUACUAUCUUAGGCAGCUCUUUCAUUUGAGAGGCCUAAGUGUGAUUUAGUAAUAUUAUUUAGGCAAAUGAGAGAAGAGUUCUGAUUGCUGCUGUAUGUGGUAUCCAUCCGGGUUUUUUUGGUGCCAGCACAAGUGUUCGACUGGACAUUUGAAACCUGUUAAAAUGACACUUUUAUGUCGUCAUUUCUACGGGCUGCUGGCGGAGGCUUGUAACAAUUUUGUAUGUUCUUCCUGGUAAAAAGUUGAGACAUUUGGAACUGUACUGUUAGUUUUAAUUAGUUGUGAUAGAUUGGGGUUUGAGCUUUUGGCCUUGUUCUAUGUACUGUUAUCAUAUGUAAACAUAAACCAAAAAAGAAAAAAGGAUAAGACGAUAGAAAUG